CUUCUUUUCACUUUUAACACACAAAAAUACAAUCAAUAUGAGGCUCGUGAUUAGAAACGACUAUGAUGAAGUAUCAGAAUGGGUUGCUCACUAUAUCAAGGAACGUAUCAACCAAUUUGAACCAACAAAAGACAGACCAUUCGUACUGGGUCUGCCUACAGGAUCAUCUCCAUUAAGUGCCUAUAAAAGACUUGCUGAAUUCUGCAAACAAGGCAAACUAUCAUUCAAGCAUGUAAUUACAUUUAAUAUGGAUGAGUAUGUAGGGAUACCACGUUCCCAUAAACAAUCUUAUUACUCUUUUAUGUGGACAAAUCUCUUUCAAAACAUUGAUAUUCCCUCCGAAAACAUCAACUUCUUGGAUGGUAAUGCACCCGAUUUAGAAGACGAGUGUCGUCGUUACGAAGCAGAAAUAGCAAAAUAUGGAGGCAUUGAAUUAUUUAUUGGAGGAAUUGGCCCCGAUGGUCAUAUUGCUUUCAAUGAACCAGGUUCAUCACUUACUUCUCGCACACGUGUAAAAACAUUGGCCUAUGAAACAAUCAUUGCAAAUGCUAGAUUCUUUGAAGGUGAUAUCACAAAAGUGCCGAAAUUAGCCCUCACUGUCGGUGUAGCUACUGUCAUGGACGCAAGGGAAGUUUGCAUUAUCAUAACAGGCGCACACAGAAGUAUUGCCUUGGCCAAAUGUGUGGAAGAAGGUGUAAAUCAUAUGUGGACAGUCUCUGCAAUCCAGAUGCAUCCAAAAGGCUUGAUUGUAUGCGAUGAAGAUGCUACGCUUGAGCUUCAUGUCAAGACUGUGAAAUAUUUCAAAUCAAUUGAACACGUACAUCAAUCGCUUAUUGGGCAAGAAAAUUUAGGGUUACAGGGCGAGUUACUAUCGAGUGACAAAGUAAAGAGAUCUGUGAAAUUAAGCCGGGAUAUGAUGGUGAGAAGAUUGAUGAAUACCGAGAUAUCAGAUGAUGAUGAUGAUGACAGCUUCCAAGAUUUACGCUAUAACUCACAAAAGAAAAGGCGCCUUACCUUGAACAAUUCUCCAUCUCCAUAAAUCUACUAUAAACACACACACACGUUAAUUUAACCAUCACCCCCUUCCAACCUCUUUUUUUUGUAAUUUCUUCCUCUAACCCCCCUCUCUUUGUAUCUAUUUUGCCUUUUCUUUUUACCAAUCUUUUAUUCCUUUCCAAAAUGCAUCAUCUAAUA